AUGGAAGCAGUGAAAGACGCCGUAGAAGGCGUCAAGAACCUUGCCGUCCAGGAUGGCCAGAAAAAGCAGAAGAAAGAGAAGAAGCCAAAAGGCGCUGAUAGUAGCGAUGCGCGGCCCUUGGAGCUCAGUCCGCCGCCUGCCUACUUUGAUCACCGGAUACGGAUUUUUGAGGAGCUAAAGGCCAAAUACGAUGAGGAAGUUUCACGAAAGCCCCAUGAACCAGUCACAGUUACCCUGGCCGAUGGCAAGCAGCACGUAGGAGAAUCAUGGAAGACCUCCCCUGCGGACAUUGCUAGAGGAAUCAGCAAGUCUCUGUUUGAACGUACUGUGAUUGCACGUGUGGAUGGGGAGCUUUGGGACCUGGAGAGGCCUUUGGAGAAGAGCGGUCGUCUCGAGCUUCUUGACUUCGAGGAUCCUGAAGGCAAGAAGGUAUUUUGGCACAGCAGUGCGCACAUCCUGGGCGAGGCAGCGGAACGGAGGUUUGGUUGUGAUCUCUGCAUAGGACCCCCAAUCGAAGAUGGCUUCUACUACGAGAUGGCGCUGCCAGGCGGCGAAGUAGUACAGCAAUCAGAUCACGACCCGUUAGAAAAUCUUGCGAACAAGAUCGUCAAGGAGAAGCAGCGGUUUGAACGCCUGGAGUUGUCCAAGGAGGAUCUUCUAGAAAUGUUCAAGACCAAUAAGUACAAGCAACACAUCAUCAAAGAUAAAAUACCUGACGGAUCGUCUACUACUGUAUACCGGUGCGGACCCCUAAUAGAUCUCUGCCGAGGUCCUCACGUUCCGAAUACUGGCCGAGUGAAGUUCUUCAAGGUGAUGAAGAACAGUGCAUCUUACUUUCUUGGCGAUGCCAACAACGACUCCUUGCAACGCAUCUAUGGUGUUUCUUUUCCGGAAAAACAGAUGAUGGCCGAACACUUGAAGUACUUGGAAGAGGCCGCUAAGCGUGAUCACCGCAAGAUUGGCAAGGAGCAGGAGCUCUUCUUCUUCCAUGAAUGGUCUCCUGGUUCCUGCUUUUUCCUUCCACACGGCAUGGUUAUCUAUAAUACCCUCCAAUCUUUCCUUCGCUCGGAGUACUGGAAACGUGGGUACCAAGAAGUGUCGUCGCCGAAUAUGUACAACGCUGCAUUAUGGAAACAGUCGGGACACUGGCAGCACUACAAAGAUGACAUGUUUACGUUCGAAGUCGAGAAGGACCAGUGGGCGCUGAAACCGAUGAACUGUCCAGGCCACUGUCUGCUGUUCAGCCAUCGGGAGAGGAGUUACAGGGAGCUGCCCAUGCGGAUAGCCGAUUUUGGUGUAUUACAUCGAAACGAGGCUUCUGGCGCCCUUAGUGGUUUGACUAGGGUGCGGCGAUUCCAGCAGGAUGACACGCACAUCUUCUGCACGGAGGAGCAGAUCGAGCAAGAGAUCACCGGCCUGUUCGACUUCCUCCGCACUGUCUACGGCAAGUUCGGCUUCACCUUCAAGAUGAAGCUGUCUACCCGACCAGACAAGCACCUCGGCGACGUGGAGACUUGGGACAAGGCCGAAGCACGCCUAAGCGCUGCGCUCGACCAGUUCACAGCGGAGGGUGGUUCACAGUGGCAGCUCAAUCCCGGCGAUGGCGCCUUUUACGGCCCCAAGAUCGACAUCACCAUCUCGGACGCCCUCAAGAGGGAUCAUCAGUGCGCUACGAUUCAACUAGAUUUCAUGCUACCAAGACGGUUCAACCUCGAGUACAUGUCGCCUGAUGCGGCCGCCGCGAAGCCGAAAUCGGAGGCACCGGAGAGCCAACCACCACCACCUGAGCAGUCAAAGGAAGAUGGGAAGCUGGAUGCUGUGGAGAAGGAGUUGACGCCUGGCUGUGCACGUCCGGUCAUGAUCCACAGGGCCAUCUACGGAAGCUUCGAGCGUUUCAUCGCCAUCCUAACCGAGCACUUUGCGGGCAAAUGGCCGUUCUGGCUGAGCCCCAGACAAGCGCUCGUCAUCCCUGUAAUGCCAGCCGUCAAUGACUACGUCCGCGAAGUGCAGCAGGUAUUCAGAGAACGUGGCAUGCACGUCGACAUCGAUGUAUCCGGCAACACGAUGGCGAAGAAGAUCCGGAGCGGGCAACUCGCGCAGUACAAUUUCAUCUUCGUGGUUGGCGCCGCGGAAAAGGACAGUCGCACGGUUAAUAUCCGCAACAGGGAUAUACCCGAGACCCAGAAGCUGGGCGAGCUCGUGCCGCUGGAUGAGGCUAUCAGCAAGCUGGAGGCGCUGCGGGAGAGCAGGGCGCUGGAGAAUAAGAUGUAA